AUGGCAAUUGCAGAGUUCGUUUUCUUCAUCCUGAUAAUAUUGUCGAGUGAUUAUAUCCAAGGGUUGUACUAAUCAGAGAAAAUUGGAAACGAUUAUCAGAAAUUCGAUAAAGUUGUAUCUGUCAUGAAACCCAUAAUAUUGAUAUUUUCAAUCUUAAUUGUAGUUGGAUUAACAUACACAAUACACAACUUUUAUCAGAUGACAAUAUCCUCAAUUACAAGCCGAUUCAAUAUAUACCUCCUCUGUAUAGCUGUAUCCUUGACUUGUUGGGGAUCUGUAUUCUUAUUGAAAGGAAUGAACAUCUAUCCUAUCAGUGCUAUUUUAAACUUAAUCAUAUUGGGAUUAAUAUUACUAGCAGUAAUUUCAAACACUUGGAAAAUCAAAGCUCUUCAAAUCCUUAUAAUUCCAGUGCUUUUGGGAUUCCAAGCUGAAUACAUAAGAGACUUUUAAGAAUAGCAAGACAGUAACAUUGCAAAUUGCUAAUAACAAAUGAAUAAUUUAUCAGAAUCUUAUCUAUCCGAACACUCUCUGCGCUUCAAAAUAGCAUUAAAGACAUUUAAACUUAAAAUUGUCCAGAUGGAUAAAAAGAAUGCUCAAUUUAUUCUACUACAUGUGAUCAUGGGAGGAAUAAACAACGGAUCCUGCAGAUCAUCCAUUAGGAUGUUUGAAUUUGAAUUGUUGCAAAACAGUCAGUAAUAUUUACACAAAAGAUUUGAUAAUUCUAAUAAUGCUAUCUUUGGCAACUCCAUUAUUUUUAUUUGCUUUGAUUUUAUUUGGAAUUCCACCUUUCAAGAAGAACAAGAUUCGGAUAAAACAUUAGGUAGAAACAUAGAAACAUUAUUCCUAUUAUUAUUCAUUGGCACAAUAGUUUUUGGAGUACUUCUGUUAGUCAAUAAUUAUACACCUAUUCCAUUGAAAAAGGAGAUUAAUUUUGAUCAGCCUGCCAAAGCUGUGAAAGCAAAGGAAUUCGCAAAGAUCCAAACAAGAAUGUGCUAAUCAAUUACCUAAUUGGUUGGUAACAGGGUUGAAUUGAGUAGUGAAUGUAAAUCGACAACUAAUUGUCCGUUGAAUAAAGUAGAAACAGGCAAGAAAGAGACAAAUAUCUUAUUUGGAUUGUGGGUUAAAGGAGUAUAACAAUUUAAGAGGAAGGAAGCAACGACAUAUUAAACUUUGGCUGCUGCUAAAUUCUUAUGGCCUAAUUAUGAUGGUAAUGAGUUAGAUUUCUUUGUUAUAAUUGGCAAGUUGGAGUAUGUAUAGUAGUAUUUGGAUGAUGUUUAAGUUUGCUAUCAAGUGGGCUUAAAAGACCUUUCAAUUAAUUUAUAUCAAAAUGUUGUCGAUAUUCCAAUUGAAGAAAAGAAUAGCAAGGUUUAUGGCAUUAUUCAAUAUACUGCAGCUAAACCAACAGAGCCAAGUAAGGGAAGUCCUACUACUACUUCUGAUAAGGGUAGUACUGAUCCAAAAUCAUAGGCAACUUCAGCUCAACCAAAAUGUGAAAUUCCUAAUUGUUAGGAAUGCAAAGAUUAACAGUGUACAACAUGUAAGACAGGAUUUGAUAAGGAUGAUGAAAGAGGGUGUAAAUUUACUGGGAAAUUAGGACUCAGUGAAUCAAUAUAGGUUUAAUUAUUCAAGGAAAUGAAAUCAAAGGUGAGUGGGUUUGUGGUAGGUGAAAUAAAAAAGGAAGAAGAUAUAAUAUACACUCAAUAUCCAAUAUAGGAGGCCAAGAUUUGUUGGAGUCAAGAGGGAUUAGAUAAACCAAUUUGUGAUGUAGCCACUCCAAAGGGAGAAUAUAAAUUAUAGAUAUCAACUUUUGAUGUGGCUGAUUAUAGCACUCAAAUCUUUUAACCAACAACUGGAUUGAUAACUGUGGCUGCCAUUGGUUAUGAUGACUAUGUUCAAUCUUAGGUGGUUUAAUUCUAAGAAGAAAUUAAUUUUGGUACUAUUUUAUUGAGAUCAAAUGUGACAAUACCUAAAGUUUAAACAACAGCACCCCCACCAAAGUCAUAUUUACAUCAAGCUGAAACCGCAACUACUACUACAAAACCUACAACAACCACCACAACUACAGAACCAGCCAAGCCUACAUCAACUACAACUACUACAACUAGUGGUACAACCUCCAAAGAACCAGCUAAAGAAUAACCCAAAGAGCCAGCUAAAGAGUAACCCAAAGAACCAGCGAAAGAGUAACCAAAAGAACCAGCAAAAGAAUAACCCAAAGAAGCUGCAAAGACUGAAGGUGGAUGUAAAAGUGGUGAAUAUUUGGAUGCCAGAAAGAAGUGCUAACCAACUGGAUGCACUAAUGUUCCAUUUUGUAAGUUCUGUGAUAAGAAUAAUAAAUGUAUUAGUUGCUAAGCAGAAUAUUAAUUGUAAGCUGAUAAAUCCUGUUUGCCAGAAAAUGGAUGUUCUAAGCCUUAUUCUUAAAGUCAAUGUUUGAAAUGCUCAAAAGAAAAGGAAAAGUGCGAUUAAAAUUAUUGUGAUGCUUUCUCCACUUUUGAUAAUGGUUUAUGCAAAUAAGCAUACAAAAUAUGCACUACUAAAAUCUAGAAUUGUGCUAUUUGUACUAAAGAAAAUAAAUGUGCUGUAUGUGAAUAGGGUUAUAAAGUUGUGAAUGGAGAAUGCAAAUUAGGAGAUUUCUCUUAGAUUUUUUAGAUUAAUUAUUAUUAAACUGAUGUUUAUGUUGUUAAUGUUAUGGAUUGGAAUAAUCUAGAAGCAGCCAAGGUUGAUUUGAGAGUUGGUAGUUGUGGAUCAUUUUAAGUAUAUGGAACUGCUAAGACUGAUUCUAAUGGAAAGGUUACAUUUACUCGACUAGUUAAGGGAUCUCAAUACAAUUUAAUCGUAACUCACCCAGAUUAUUCUUAAAAUUGCUAUGAGUUCUCAGAUAAGGAAGUUACUAUUGUACCAAUGUCUAAGAAAUUAAAAUCUGGAUAAGUUAGGAUAGUAUUAGAAUGGUAUAAUCCAGAUAUUAAUUUGGAUCUUCAAUUGUCCUUUAAUCCAACAGAUACUUCAAACUGUUUGGUUGGAUAUUUAGAUAACGAAUGUACUGGAGCUAAGUUUGGUAAAUCCUCUGAUGAAGAAUAUAGUUUUGAGGCCAUUGAAAUUAAUGCUCUAGUGCUUAGUAAAUAUUUAAUUUUUGUUCAAAAUUUUGGUGAUAAAGAAAAUUAUUAAGAAAAAUUGAUAUCAUCAAAUGCUCAUAUCAAAUAUUAUGUGGCUGAUAAAGAUGACCCAGCUGUCACUUUUGUAGUACCAAACGAUAAACAAUCUGAAAUUGUAGGAACUACAGAGGCCCUUAAAACUGAAUGGUUAGCAUGGUUAGUAGGAUGCAUAGAUGCAAAUGAAUCUGAAAUCCCUGAAUCCUUAUUUUCUUAAAAUGGUGUAUGGUGGACAGCUAGUUUAAAUAAGUGGUAUCCUGAAAUUCCUUAAAAAACUUCUCAAAACUAUUUCCCAUCACCGAAAAUUUGUGACGUUUGAUAAGAUACAAUAAUAUAUAUAUAU